AUGCUCCUCAGAAAAAUAAAUAAAUCGUAUGAGGUACAGCAGGAAUUACCCGAACAGUUGGAUGCUAAAAAUGCCUAUCAUCAUAGUACUUUUCUAAACAAGGUACCUGCUCCCAAGACGUUGCCUUUGCACACUUGCUCCAAGGUCCUGAUGCUGGUAUUGAAACGAUUCUGCCAUUUCACGGGCAGCAAACUGGCUAAGGAAGUGCAAUAUCCUGAGCGCCUUGACAUGCGACGCUACGCGUCUGGGCAGGACGGGGGGUCGCUGACUUAUGUGCUCUAUGCCGUGCUGGUGCACGCGGGCUGGAAUUGUCACAGCGGACAUUACUUCUGUUACAUCAAAGCUGGGAACGGCCAGUGGUACAAAAUGGACGAUGCGAAGGUGACCGCCAGUGAUGCGACGUCUGCCCUGAGCCAACACGCCUAUGUCCUCUUUUACAUCCAGAAGAGUGAAUUGGAAAGAGAGCGUGCGAGUGAGCCAGGUGCUGGGGAAUCCACAUGCCUCCAGGCUGACCACGCAGGCACGGCUGCGGCCCAAGGGGGGCCUGAAACCGACCCCAACAUCGAGGUGCCACAAUUGGAGGAUCACGUGGAAGAGACACCACUGCCAGCAACCACGUUAGACCAGUGGAGAUUCCUCCAAGAAAGCCACCGUCCCAAGUCUGAAUUCAACCUCAGGAAACUAGAAUUUGCUCUUCCCCCCGACGCAGUCCUAAUUCACCAGUCCAAAUACAGAGAUGAGAUGGGAAAGGAUCACCGUGAACCAAGCAUCUACCGGCUCAACAGUUCAGCCAGGGACAUCCCCCCUCAGAGGGCAACGGCCAUUCACCAAGUCCCUUGUCUCACCGGCAGAGCCAGAGCUACCAAGAGGAAGAACAAGAAGGGACAGAGGUCUCAGGAAGCAGUGCAGGGAUCCCACUACGGGCUUUGAGAUACACGCCUGCCCACGUGCACACUCACCCGCCCUCACUCACUACUCACUCACUCACUCACAGUCCCUUGUAGGCCACAUUUUGUGUGUUGUAGGUGGGUGUGAUCGGGACAUGUGGAGGGACCAUGAAUCUGGCUGUAUUCAUGGGGUAUGGCGUUCCAGUUGACCUGGAGAAUCCUGAGCUUUAAGGCUGGCUGGCUGUAAUGAUGUUAUUGGAGAGGUGUGGAUUAUGCUGGGUAUUUAUUUGGAAGGUUUCUCCCCUCCAUCAGCACCGAGGAUCAUUGGGCACUCUCAGAGCCUGAAAGGGUCAGAGGAAGUGGCCAAUGAGGCAUGAAGGUGGAAACAAGGCAGAGCACCGGGAGUCCCUGUGAAAAUGCCUGGGACUCACGGUCCCAUCAUCCCAUUCCCUACUCCCUGUGUAUUGGUAAAGUACAUGUGCCCAAACAUGUGCGUGUGGGGACUCUCGGUGAUAUCCAAACAUGCACCGGCAGGGGAAGGAGUUUGAAACAAUCUCAGGGCUUCCACACGGAGGAGUGGCAAAUGACCAGGAAACUGGAAGAACUCUAGCUCUACGUGGGAGCAGACAGCCUUUUCAGGAAUGUCUUGUGUCGGAAGGAGAGGAGCAGAAGGAAACACGAAUUCAUAACUGUGCAAAGUGUUUCCUUGUAUACAUAAUAUAUUUUGUAAAGUCUCCACAUGUUCAUGUGAACAU